CCCUUUAACCACAUUUCCAUCUUUUUUCCAUCUCUCCGUCCAACACCUUCUUUCUUUUUUCACUUGUUUCUUCAAUUGCCCUGCCUCGAGCGUGCCUUUCACUCUUUCAAGGCCCUCGACCACAUUCAUUAGGCAACUUGCGUUUUCAACCCCAUUUCAACUAUCUACGGUCCUUACCAAUUCCACCUACAACCCCCCUUUUCAACAACAUCGACACAAAACUACAUCGAAGUAAUUCCGUAUUCGACUGCCUGGAUCAGCGAAUCGAAGCCCUUCACUCCCCUCCCGCACGAAUACGAACGAAAGGAUAUCGAUUCCUGUAUCUCGUCUCGUAUAUAGCCAUUGAGCAUUCCACUCGUUGAAAGACAACUUCGAUCGACAUUGGGCACACACACGAUGGACGCAAUGGAGCCCAUCUCUUCCGACCUCACCGACUUCUCUCCCGAGUCAACCCCUUCUCCCAUGGCUACUUCAAGCACGCCACCCCAGACAUCAAGCAGCGCCACGUCAGCUCCUACUUCUGGUCCCAACUCAGCGCGUCGACCACCUCGAAAGAGUACCCUGACCCAACAGCAAAAGAACCAGAAGAGACAGAGGGCUACACAGGAUCAACUUGUGACGCUAGAAGCCGAGUUUACAAAGAACCCAACUCCUACCGCAGCUACGCGAGAACGCAUCGCGUCGGAGAUCAACAUGACGGAACGUUCGGUGCAGAUCUGGUUCCAAAAUAGUCGUCGACGAGCGAAGAUCAAGAUGCUUGCGAAGAAGAGCUUGGAGAGUGGUGAAGACUGUGACAGCAUCCCAGAAUCCUUGAGACAGCUGCUGGCCAUGCAGGCCAUGGAAUCUGGCAGACCUUUUCCUGGUCAACUCCUCCGCCGACCGGGCGGCCCAAUGGCUCAGUACGGUGGCGGUGGAAUGUUGAUGAACGGAGAUCCUAAUGCUCAAGGCAAAGUUGUCAUCCAGCACUUCACCUGUCGAUCCCUGAGCAUCGGUAGCUGGCGACGAGUCGGUCAGAACGCGAUGGACCUCGUCAUUUUCUACUCGCCCGACAAGGCUUGCAUCACGUACUACAUCAACAACGACUCGGCUGGAUACAAGAUCGAAUAUCCAUUCGCUUUCAUCAAGAGCAUUCAAUUGGAACCUGGUGACACGGCUCCAAAUGCCAAUGGAUCUCCACCCCGGCCCGGCGGGCUUGUCAUUGAGUUGACCAGGCCCCCGAAUUUCUUCAUGGACUCGUCCAACUCUGGAGGGUUCUACCAAUGUGGUGACUUUACCGAAGAUCAACAAGCCUCUCAAAUCUUGACGCAUCACCUGGGAGGUCACCCGAAGGUGUUGAGCGGACAGCUUGCUAAAUUGGUCUCCCUCGAGUCUUUCCAGAACCGACAUAACCCAUUCGACAUGAAUGCUAUGCCUGCGUCUGCACCAGUCUCACCCACCAUGGGCAUUGUCAGACCCGCGUCUCAACCUUCAGUCCAGUUUGCGCGGCCCCAUCCUCCUCAUGUCGGCAUGUUCCAGGAACAAUAUGGUGUCAAUCAUCAUCUUCACCCUGGUCGUAUGCAUCCUGGUCACAAGCGUCAACGAAGUCGAUCGGUACCCAUCGCACUUGAUUUCUCCAUGCUUCACGGACCUAUGCCUACAUUCCAUGUGCAGCAACCCUCACCUCAAAUGACGCCCGAUCAUCACAAUCUCUUCCAGCCAAUGCCUCAGCAGCCUGUGCAGACUCCAAUCGGCCCAACCUUGCAGAUUGAUACAUCUGCUGGUUACGGGAUGGAUUUCCGUCAGAUGCCCAUGUCCGCAACGGCCACAUCACCGUCAGAAUUUGCCAGCCCUGGCUUCUUCCCGUCCAACACGUCCCAAGGACCAAUGCCUGCUUCUGAAUUCGGAACGCCCCAACAAUUCAACAUGCCCUUCCUCUCACCUUCCCCCAUGGUCGAUGGUCACAUGAUGCCUUCGUCUGUUUCUCCUAUGCCUCACAUGGGUCAUCCGGAUCCGGUCAUUGCGGACCACUCACCUCCGUUGUCGGCACUACACCGCAGCGCCUCGGCCGACAUGUUCAACAUGGGCCAUGACGGCAGUGGCAUGAUGGACGAGACAUUGAUGCUCGGCGAGAUGUACUCGAAGCAGAAUCUCAACAUGCCCAUGCCAAGUCCGGGGAUUGACGAGAAAGGCAUGUUGAUGAUGAACGACAUGUCGGAAUUCCACACGCCGAUGGAGCACAUGGACAUGCCAAUGACGCCGUUUGGCACCAUCGAUCCGAACAGCCUGCAAGCUGGUCUACAUCACUAAAGUUGACGAACAAAGCCCUUCCUGUAACAGUUUGAAUGACCUUGAUGCCUUCCCUAGAAAUCUAAAUCUUGCACCAUCUUGUUGAAUUCCGCCGAAAAUCUGGAAUCCUUCUCGAUUUCCAUUCAGCACUGUCCGGACGGCGCCAAAAUCUCCUGUUAUAUAUUGAUAUCGAUAUCUCCAUGUUAGUACGCGCGGCCGAGUUUGCCUGCUGUCUGAUAGCGUGGAUAGCUGUCAAUUCUGUUCUUGUUUCUCUCUGUUUGUUUCUGUCUAGUUACGCGGUCAUGCAUCGGAAACGACUCUUUUGUUUUUUGGGGUCUGGGUAUCAAUUUGAGAGAGGGAAUUUUCUUUCUUGCCUAUUAUUUUUGAGAUGUUGCACAAGAGGGUGUGGAACGUUUUUUGGGGCGAGUACAACUUUUUGUUUCCUUUUUUCUUUUCCUAAAACAAAAACGCAUCGAAGGGGGAAGUGAGAAGGGGACUUUGUUUGAUAUUGGAAAUCAAAAAAAGAAAUUUCCUCUCCGAUUGUUUCUGCGGUCUCAUCGAUUGUGAUAAGUCGCAAAGACAUUUUCCUCCCCUUGGAAAGGAUGCAAUCUUGUGGUAGUGCACGGGACACGUCAAAGGGGGUGAGGAUUGGUAAUUCCUUUUCCAUUCAAAGAUAAAGCAAAGAUCAAGACUGGGAAUGAUGCGACUUGUCUUUUUUUCUGCUUUUGUUCGUCAAAAUGGUCGAGAGAAGUUUGAGAGUGGGCGUGUGAUGGGAGGGGAUAUAGGUUAUUUCAUUUCAUCUCCUUGGGUCGCUGUUGUUCUCCUUGGUGGUGGUGGUGGUGGGGUUGGAUUGGCAUAGCGGGUUGAUUGAUAUUUAGUAGGUUGGUAGGAAGGUAGUUUUUCUACUCCUGUAGAAGAAUCAGGAUACAUGAAAUGGAACCAAGAGAUUGUUUUACUCUGUCGUGGUAGUGAAGGUAAGGG